CAGAAACUCGUUAUAUUCCUUUCCCUCUCCUGUUCCUUAAACCCCAGUCUUCCCCCUUGAUUUCACUUACUCUUAGUGAACCUAUCUAGAAACCCCGUUCCAUACUCCCCCUGCUGGCCCAGUUAUGGCAGAGAAUGAUGUGGACAAUGAGCUCUUGGACUAUGAAGAUGAUGAGGUGGAGACAGCAGCUGGAGGAGAUGGGGCUGAGGCCCCUGCUAAGAAGGAUGUCAAAGGCUCCUACGUCUCCAUCCACAGCUCUGGCUUUCGUGACUUCCUGCUCAAGCCAGAGUUGCUUCGCGCCAUUGUUGACUGUGGUUUUGAGCAUCCAUCAGAAGUCCAGCAUGAGUGCAUCCCUCAGGCCAUUCUGGGAAUGGAUGUUCUGUGCCAGGCCAAGUCAGGCAUGGGAAAGACAGCAGUGUUCGUGCUGGCUACACUGCAACAGCUCGAACCAGUUACUGGACAGGUGUCUGUGCUGGUGAUGUGUCACACUCGGGAGUUGGCUUUCCAGAUUAGCAAGGAGUAUGAACGCUUCUCUAAAUACAUGCCCAAUGUCAAGGUCGCGGUGUUUUUCGGUGGUCUGUCUAUCAAGAAGGAUGAAGAGGUGCUGAAGAAGAACUGCCCGCAUAUCGUCGUGGGGACACCUGGCCGCAUCCUGGCCCUGGCUCGAAAUAAAAGCCUCAACCUCAAGCAUAUUAAACACUUUAUUUUGGAUGAGUGUGAUAAGAUGCUUGAACAGCUCGACAUGCGUCGGGAUGUCCAGGAAAUUUUUCGCAUGACCCCCCAUGAGAAGCAGGUCAUGAUGUUCAGUGCUACCUUGAGCAAAGAGAUCCGUCCAGUCUGCCGCAAGUUCAUGCAAGACCCAAUGGAGAUCUUCGUGGAUGAUGAGACGAAGCUGACGCUGCAUGGAUUGCAGCAGUACUACGUGAAACUGAAGGACAACGAGAAGAACCGGAAACUCUUUGACCUUCUAGAUGUCCUUGAGUUUAACCAGGUGGUGAUCUUUGUGAAGUCUGUGCAGCGUUGCAUUGCCCUGGCCCAGCUCCUAGUGGAGCAGAAUUUCCCAGCCAUUGCCAUCCACCGUGGGAUGCCCCAGGAGGAGAGGCUUUCUCGGUACCAGCAGUUUAAAGAUUUUCAAAGACGAAUUCUUGUGGCUACCAACCUAUUUGGCCGAGGCAUGGACAUCGAGCGGGUGAACAUUGCCUUUAAUUAUGACAUGCCUGAGGAUUCUGACACCUACCUGCAUCGGGUGGCCAGAGCGGGCCGGUUUGGCACCAAGGGCUUGGCCAUUACGUUUGUGUCGGAUGAGAAUGAUGCCAAGAUUCUUAAUGAUGUCCAGGAUCGCUUUGAGGUCAAUAUUAGUGAGCUGCCUGAUGAGAUAGACAUCUCCUCCUACAUUGAACAGACACGGUAGAGGAUUCACUCGUUGCGGAAUGUGACAGUCUGCCCCUCUUCAGGAGACAACACCAGGCGUGGGGGUGAAGGAGACACUACUGCCACCUAUCCCUGACCCCUCCCCCACGGCUUCCCUCUUUUGCAUCACCACCACUCCCAAGUCCCCAUCCCUGAUUUGUCAGAAUUUUUUUAACAAAACUAAAAAUGAAA